UGAAUCAUAAAAACAAUAUGAAAAGGGUCGAUGUUGAAAUAGUAGCUAAAGAAACCAUCAAACCAACCUCUUCAACUGAUCUUCCAAGAACUUAUACUUUAUCAUGCUUGGACCAAAUUGCCGUUGAUGCCUAUAUCCCAUUUGUGUUAUUUCUUCCUAAUAAUAAUACCAGCAGGGGCGGGAUCAUUACUGAUGAUGUCGUAAGCAAAAGAUCGAAACUACUCAAGGAGACUUUACCUGCCAUCCUAUCUCGAUUUUAUCCGUUCGUUGGAAAACUUAAGGACAAUGUGGUUAUAGAGGGUAACAGCGAAGGUGGUGUCUUUUACGUGGAGGCUCGAGUCAAACAGACACUUGAAGAAUUUUUAUGUCACCCGGAUGAUGAUAAGAUCAGAGAGUUGUUGCCUGAAAAGCCUCACAUCAAUGAAUCUUGGAUGGGAAAUAAUUACGCUAUAGGCGUUCAGGUGAACAUUUUCGGUUGUGGUGGAAUUGGUCUUAGCAUGGUCUUGUCACACAAGAUUAUAGAUUUCCAAACAUAUAUGAUCUUCAUGAAAGCAUGGGCUGCAGCUGUUAAAGGUGAACCUGAAACAAUUUCACCAAGUUUCGUGGCUUCUGAUGUCUUUCCCAGUGAUCCAAAUCUUUUAUUAAGUCACAAGCCUCGUAAGUCAUCACAACUGUUUAGUACAAAAAGAUUCGUGUUUGAUUCUACCGUUUUGGCUAUCCUGAAAUCCCAACCUGUUGCAAACAACACAUCACGUGGCCCAACUCGCAUGGAGGCCACGACUGCCUUAAUUUGGAAGGCUGCUGCAAAAGCAUCAUCUGAAGUCAAAGCAUUUAACCAACAAUCACCCUAUGUUAUGUUGUCAGUGGUCAAUAUCCGGAAAAGGUCAUCACCUCCUUUGCCAGAAAACUCCAUUGGAAACCUGUUUACUCCAGCCGUUGCAUUAUGCUUUCCUACGAGCAAACCAGACUUGCCAACCCUGAUUGGUGAGUUGCGAGACUCCAUAGCAAAGGAAAACUCGGAGAAAAUCGAGUCCAUGAAAGGGGAAAACGGAUUGAAGAUGAUAAAAGAGAGUUUUAAACAUCAAAUGGAUGCGAUCAGCGAAACAGAGUACGUCAUGGUGACUACGAGUGUGUUGAACAUGGGUAUAUAUGACUUGGAUUUCGGAUGGGGAAAGCCGGUGUGGUUUUACUAUAUAAAUCCAUCAAUGACUAGUAGACUUUUGGUUUUGAUCGAUACGCCACAAGGUGAUGUUGGUGUUGAAGCCAUAGUCACAUUAACAUCAGAUGAAAUGGAGAUUUUCCAGUGUGAUACUGAGCUUCUUUCUUAUGCCACUCUCAACCCUUGUCCUCUCUGAUUUUCUUUCCAAGUAUUAAUGAGUCAGAUACUAGGUAUUUACGAAUAAUUCACGCCUUUAAAAAAAAUAAGUAUAGAUCCGUUGCCAUUGGAUAUGUGUUAUGAUAUAUCGUUUAUCCUUUUCUUUUUUCUUUUAACGUUUGAUUGGAGUUUGAAUGUCAUGGAAAACUAUCUAGUAAUU